AUGUCAACAAGUCUUCCACCGCCACAAUCCGCCACCUCCGAUGAGGCAACUGAUCUUUUCGCCGCCGUGGAUAUGGGCACAAACUCCUUCAAGCUUCUCAUUUUCCGAGCCGAUCCCUCCACCGGCCGCUUCCUCCCCAUCAAUGUCUUCAAAGAGCCCGUCCUCCUGGGCAUUGACACCACCACAACCUCCGCCGCCGCCGUCAUCACCCCUGCCUCCACGGAUCGCGCCAUAGCCGCCCUAAUUAAGUUCCAAGAAAUCCUCCAGUCCAACCGAAUCCCGGCCUCCCAAUGCCGCGUCGUUGCCACCUCCGCUGUCCGAGAAGCCUCUAACCAGUCCCAGUUUCUCUCCUUUGUAAAUCAAAAAGUUGACCUCCAGAUUAAGGUCCUCUCCGGCCAAGAAGAAGCCCGCCUAAUCUAUUUGGGUGUCCUCCAAUUACUUCCCGUCAUUGAGGACACGGUUCUCAACGUUGACAUUGGCGGCGGCUCCACUGAGUUUAUUAUUGGCCACAAUGGUAAUAUUUUGUAUUCAAUUUCAUUGAAAUUAGGGCAUGUUACAUUGACCCAACAAUUUUCCGAUACUAGACAAAUGCGGGAACAUAUUAGGACUGUGUUCAAAAGUUCAGGAUUAGUUGAUAAGAUUAAGGACUAUAGGAUUAAUAAAGUGACAGGUUCUUCUGGAACAAUUAAGUCAAUUGAGGAAGCAGUGUAUAAAGGUUAUGCUAAGAAAAGAGUGGAAAAUGCUCGUCGUGAUUCCUACAGUGAUUGGAAAUUCAGUAAGGAGGAGUUGAUGGAGUUAGUGGACAGUUUUGAAAUGGAAGGGAAGGAAAAUAGGAAGUCAUUCUUCAGAAAGAGGGCCGAAUUUAUAGUUGCCGGGGCAGUUUUAUUAGAAGAGGCUUUUGAGUCACUAGGAAUCAUGGAAAUGGAGGUCUCCGAGUAUGCAUUAGCAGAAGGUGUCGUCGCCGAGAUGUUGGGGAUUGAUGAAAGCUUGAAAGUAGAUAUGCGGUGGGGGAGUGUAGUGAGGCUGGCGACUAGGCUUUGUAGCAAGAAGAAGAUGAAGACUGCUGCAUUCUGUGCACGGAUAUCAAAGGAAAUUUUUGACGGAAUAAGGAAGUUGAAUGUGACGGCCAAUAAUGAGCUUCUAAAGAACAUGGAGGACAGGGACAUUGAAUAUCUUGAAGCUGCUUGUUUACUUCACAAGAUUGGUCUUAUUGCUGGAAAUAAAGGGUACCACAAGCAAUCAUAUCAGCUGAUAACUAAGGGCAAUCACCUCCAAGGGUAUAACGAUGACGAGAUUAUGUUUAUAGGACUCCUUGUGAAACAUCAUAGAAAGGGAUUUCCAAAGGCUGAUGAUACUUCUAUGCAGGGCUUUACUGAAGAGGUGAAGCACAAAUUCACAAUGCUUUGUGCAAUACUAAGAUUGUCUGCUGUCAUAGAGCAGUUGCAGUCUUUGGACUGUCCUAGGUACACACUUUCACAUUCUCCCGAAGGUUUCAGGCUGGUACUUGAGGUAAGGAAUCGACCUUCCCCGCAUGGUAGUUUACAGUUACAAGCCGAGAUGGUUAAGGAAGAAUUAGAUAAAGAAGUGGCUAACUUUAGCGAGGUGUUUGGGGAAAAAUUGUCAGUCGUGGUUCAUUAG